CCGCAGACCGGUAGACGUUAGGCAACUACUUUCGUGUUGAGAUAUUAUUAUUGCACUACAAAAACACCUUUGAAAAUACCUAUGGUCAAGGAGAGACAGUUGUAUGACAUACUUGAGGUUUCCACAGAGGCGGAUGAACAAGAAAUAAGGAGGGCCUACAAGGCCCUUGCGUUGAAAUACCACCCCGACAAACAGCCGGCGACGAGCGAUGCGGACAAGGAGAAGAUGACGGAGAUGUUCAAGGCCGUGUCGAAGGCCUACGACGUCUUGAGUGACAACAGCAAGCGGUACCUCUACGACACGUACGGCGAGGAGGUUGCCGUGAACCCGCAGGAGCAGACCUUCAUGAACAGCUUCAAGGCGCCGUUCGGCAUGUUUGACAGCGGCGGCGGCAGCAGCAGCAACAACAAUAACAACAACAAUAACAACAACAACGGCUACAACGAGGAACCGAGCCGUAAGAAGACAGUGGCAAAGGGGAAAGACAUAAUGGACACCGUCAGCUGCUCGUUGCUAGACUACUACAACGGCAAACACAUCAAGAUGAGCUUGUGCAAGCGCGUCAAAUGUCCGAAGUGCAAGGGCUGCGGAGGCCUUAAAAUCUACACCUGCAAUGACUGUUGUGGAACAGGCUACAUCAUCAACGAGGCAAGAAAUGGCAUGAUGUACCAGCGAACCCAGUCUACGUGUGCCCGGUGUCAGGGGACGGGGGAAUUCAUUCCGGCCAAGUACAUAUGUGACGAGUGUGGCGGAAACAAGUUGAUUGACACCAAGGUCAUUUUCGACUUCAAGAGCCCCCGCGGCGUCGGCGACGGCUACCGUGUUGUUUUCCCGCGGGCAGCCGACGAGGGCGUCAACUUGAUUCCGGGCGACGUUGUCAUCACGCUCAAGGACGACCCGAACGACUCGACCUCGAAGUACAGGCGUCUUGGAAACAACCUGCUCACGACGAUCUCGGUUCCGCUCGUCAAAGCGCUCUGCGGCGGCCGCAUCUCGUUGGAGCACAUUGACGGGAAAAAGGUCGACAUCUUCAUUGCGUGUGGCGAGCUCAAGUCGGCCAACGAGUUCAAGGUGUUGCGGGGUUACGGCAUGCCUAUCCACAAAAACAGCAGCAGCAGCAGCAGCAAAAACGGCAACGGCGACAGACCCGAGUACGGCGACUUGAUCAUACGGUUCGACAUCUCCUUCCCGGACAUCACGGCCUUCUCCAACAAGCGCGUCGACCUCUUGGGCAAGGUGUUGGGCUCGUCGUUCCCGAAGGACGGCCUCCAGAUGGGCGGCGUGUCGUCGUCCUCGUCCUCGGAGGACAUCUCGUCGCUGUGCGCCGGGGAUGAUUGUGUGCAGAAAAUGAACAAGCUUAAGCUUGACGCCGAGACCUGGCAAGAGAAGGCCGACGAGGCCGGGCAGAAGGUCAAGGAGCUGGAGCAGGAGCUGCUCGAGAAGGAGAACGAGAUCAAGUCGUUGACCACGAGAAACCAGACCUUGGAGGAGCAGAACGAGAAGUUGGAGUCGGAGUUGGACGACAGCAAAAAGAUUGUCGGCGACUCCACCCAGUUGCAGACCUCGAACGAAAACAUCCAGAAGAAGAACGCCAUGCUCGAGGAGGAGUUGGAGACGUCGGACAAGACUCUCCAAGAGACCACCGCGAAGUUGAGAGAGUCCGACCUCAAGGUCGAGACCCUCGAGAACAAGCUGAACGCCAUAGAAAAGGAGAAGACCGACUUGGAGACCAAGUACGAGGAGUUGGAGGACAAGUUCAAGAAGGCCCAAGAGGAAGACAUGCCGAUCCAGAUGGACAUGUUCCGAAUGCGCCGACAUAUCGCCAACCUCAACAUGGAGUCAGACUGUGAUUCCGAGUACGCCAACCAUCCUCCACCGACGGACUCUGAGAUAGAGAUAGAGAUCAACCCUGCGUUUGUGCAGGCUAGGCAGUACACGAGCAACGAGUCUGCAGCCCGCAGUCGCAACAGUGCGAACGCAAGCAGCAGCCGGACGAUGAACCGCUCGACAGACAGCAGCAUACAAUUGUCGCACAACAACUCGAGCUCCAACUUGGUGAACGACAACAAGGUGUCUCGCAACUUACUCUUUGGGCUUGCAUCGACAGCAAUGGAAGACCUAUACCGCCAAAGAAGCAGGUUGAAGAGCUAUGGGUUGAAACGGUUGACCGUGCGGCAGCACAUUGUCGUCACCAUUUGCAGAGAUAUCCCCAUCUACUCGAUCUUGAAGAAUUUCAUAGUCCUCUUGACACAGUGGUACCGGCUGAUCAAAAUUCCGUACAGCAACCUCACGACUGUGAGGGCCACCGAGUUCUUUCUCGCCUCCUUAUGGUGCUUGGUGAGUGCCUUGCUCUCGUACACCAUUCUCGACGGCCUUAUGGUCCGCUGGAUGGUGAUGUACGCGAUCCAGGCGGUCAUCGUGCGUAUCUUGAGCAUGAGCUUGAUUAUCGUUAUGGUGGUGGAGAUUUUCGGCUACACGUUCAACAACGCCGACAAUGAGUUCUGUCUCACGGUGUGGAUCUUCAUCUCGUGUGUCUUGACCAUCUUCUUCAUUAUUCAAUGCUUCUACUCAAACAACCUCGACAUCGAGGAGCGAGGCAAUAGCGGUAUUGCCGGAGAGAACCUCAAGAAUAAGCUCAAGAGAAAGGUCGAUCUCUACAACCUCAUUGUAUUUGCGGUCGUCCCCAUCGGGGUGGCGAGCUUUGUCUCUACAGUCGGGUUGGUGAGGCUAUUGUUUGGACUUGCCAAAACCUUCUACGGUGUCGGGCUACAGACCGCCACUCGGAUCUGCUCGAAGCUCGGGUUUUACCCGGAUAUGCGCAUGCACCAGCUCUCGGAACAACAGACCAUGUCGAUCACCAAGGAGCUUUCGGAAAUGACGACAGACUCCAAGUUACUCUCUCAAGUGAGAGCUAACAUCCGUAUGAAGAGAGAAAUCGGCUCCUAUGUCGGUAUGAGACACUCGAUGGGUUUGCCGGUUAGAGGUCAAAGAACAAAGACCAACGCCAAGACCGCGAGAAAGCUCAACAGAAUCGAGAGAAAGAUGUAGGAGGCGUCCACAUAUGCACACUGUACAUAGUCCCACGGAGCUCUUUGGUGUGCCAUCUCCAUGGCAUGCUCAAGCCCCAAUCCUAGUCCACUGUUAUAGACCUCUGUAGCUCAUUUAAUGUCCAUCCAUAUCCGUAG